AUGAAGAAAAGGCUAGAUGGCUCCACACAUCCUGCUUUAGAUCAGACGGUGAAGGCGCCGGUGACCAUUCAAGGCGUUGAGGCGAAAUCGGACAAGCUCAUUAUCAUCGAAAAACCGACACCAAGUGAAUCUGAAGCAACCCAAGCACUACCACACAACGCGCAAAACAGCGUUUCAAAUCAAGAAAUCGCGGUCCGAGAGAUUCCCGACGCAGUUGAGAAGUUGUACGACCCAUGCCGCGACGCUGGAGCCCGCAUAAUCAAAUGCAUUGAGCAGUAUCAAGUCGCCAACAAGACAGAACUCGUAAAAACUGAGCAAAUCCACACGUAUGACUGGACAUCUGUCGAUGACCCCCUAACGGCCUUUGCGAGAUGCGUGGCCAAGGAGGAGAGCAAAUAUGCGGACAAAGUGACGAGGGGAUUCUGGGGCCAUGUUCGCCGAGGGGGGCGCUGGUUUAGCGAGCACGCCGGCAAUGCGAAGGCAUUCAUCAGCCUUGUCCCCGCCGAUAGCAUAUACACGUCUGUAUUAUGCGGCGGUCUCACUUUCAUCUGCAAGAUGGCUGAAAAUAUCGGAAACGUGCGGAGCACCAUCGCGAACUUUCUGGGGAAGCUGUCCGUUCUCAUCGAGACCAAUCAACAAUUCGUCAAUGCGUACCAAGACAGCGCGAUCCUGCACAAGCGUAACGCGGCGCUUUGCCUGUCCAUAUUGGACGUUAUCGAGGCAGCCAUCGAAUGGUUCAACAGAAACCCACUGAAAAAGCUUCUUGGCGCGGCCGGCAAGCCUGGAAGUUAUGGAGACACGAUACUGGACAAAAUCAAGGACAUGGACGACCGCGAAGCUGAGUUCAAGGACCAAGUCAACGCCUGUCUCAACACGAGCAUAGCUCACAUAGCGGAAGAUAUCUCCGAUAUGAAGAGCUUCCUCAAGGACAAGCUUGAUAGCCCUGAGCGCCGGAGUACCAUCACAGAACACAAGAUUGUCAAGACGAAAGACGCGCUGCAGAACGUGUACGUCGUCUUCUGCAAUGAGCAGGAUGCCAUCAACUGGUAUGAGGCAGUGAUGGGAAUAUCAAAGGCCAAGCAACCCAAGCGACUGAAGCGGAAACAGAUGACCCGCCACAAGGCCGAAAGCCUCAUGAAGAAAUACAGCAUCGACGCCUCCGGCUCCGCCCGGCACGACUACCACAGCCUGCUCCAACUGCGGUACACGCUGCCAAUCAAAGACCAAAACCGCGCCGUCGCCUUCAUGCAGGACGAGCAGAUCCAACACUUCGCCACCUCCCAAGACCCGUGCCGGCUGCUGGCCCACGGCAACGGGACAUCGGACAGCUGCACAUCUCCCAUCAGCUUCGCAAGCGCAAAGCUCGCGACGGCGUUCCAGAACGCGUCGGCGAAGAUCAUCCUGCUCUCGUUCUUCUGCGGGCUGCAUACGAACGAGGCCAAGGACCCGAGCGCGCACCCGCCCGGCAUGAUGCUGGCGCUGCUGCUGCAGUUGAUCCAGCAGCUCAAGGACCACGGCGUGCGGAUCGACUCGGCCAGCAUGCAGCGCGAGAUCGAGGAGCUGGACGUUGCGGACGUCGGGAGCAUCGGGCGGCUGCUCGCGAGGGUGGAGGAGCAGGUGCCGGAGGACUACGUGCUGUGCGUCAUCGUGGAUGCGGUGAGCUGCUUUGAGGAUGAUGCGCAUCGCGGGGAGAUGAAGGAUGCGACGAGAGUGCUGCUGGAGCUGGGGUCGAGGGAGGACGGGCCUACGUAUAAGCUUCUCAUGACCGCGCCUAUUUCGACGGUUUCUUUGUGGAAUGUGUUUGGGGAGUAUGAAAGCGCUGGUGAGGCUGAAAUCAUGGAGGUUUCGAACGUGGCGAAUCACCCGGGAGGGUUUGCAGCGCUUGAUUGGGAGACUUUAGGGGGUGACGGGACGGACAGUGGUGAAUUUAGCUCCUAG